CGGCUCGCUAGACCCGCCCCCUUCCGAACACGGCCGGCCCAGAUGAUUUGGGGAAAGGGCUUAAAGAAAUCAGAUCUGAGGUUCUGGGGAGCAGCCCCGGUGCUCCAUCUUGUCCAUCACGCACAGCCGUCCCUCCUCCUUUCCUUGCUUCCUCCGGUAGGAUCCACUUGUCGGGACUUUCUCACCCCAGCCUCAGGGCGGGACUCUUGCGUCACCUGUCUCCGGGCAGAUCGGCCGCACAAAGGUUAGCGCUCGGAAGCGCGGCCUCGGGAGAGGACCCAGGCGCCCCCUGGCGGGCGUGGUGAAGGGGCGGGGCUGUAGGCUGCGCGCAGCGCGCUGUCCCAGGUCGGAAACCAGUGCCCCAGGCAGCGAGGAGCGCGGCGCCGGGAUGCUGCGGGCGGGAGGACCAACCGGGGACUUACCCCGGGCCGGAGAAGUCCACACUGGGACAACCAUCAUGGCAGUAGAGUUUGAUGGGGGCGUUGUGGUGGGUUCUGAUUCCCGGGUGUCUGCGGGAGAGGCAGUGGUGAACCGAGUGUUUGACAAGCUGUCCCCACUGCACCAACGUAUCUACUGUGCCCUUUCUGGUUCAGCUGCUGACGCCCAGGCUGUGGCCGACAUGGCCGCCUACCAGCUGGAGCUCCAUGGGAUGGAACUGGAAGAACCUCCGCUUGUUCUGGCUGCUGCCAACGUGGUGAGGAAUAUCACCUACAAAUAUCGGGAGGAUCUGUCUGCACAUCUCAUGGUAGCUGGCUGGGACCAACGUGAAGGGGGCCAGGUAUACGGAACCCUGGGAGGAAUGCUGACUCGACAGCCCUUUGCCAUUGGUGGCUCUGGCAGCACCUAUAUCUACGGUUAUGUGGACGCAGCAUAUAAACCAGGCAUGUCCCCUGAGGAGUGCAGGCGCUUCACCACGGAUGCUAUCGCUCUGGCCAUGAGCCGGGAUGGCUCUAGUGGGGGUGUCAUCUACUUGGUCACUAUUACAGCUGCUGGUGUGGACCAUCGAGUAAUCUUGGGCAAUGAGCUGCCGAAAUUCUAUGACGAGUGAAUCUUCUUCAAACUUCCCUCCCUUAUUUUAUAAUAAACUUUCUGGGAACAGAACCUGGUACUGUCAGUGGGAAAUGGGUACUCAGGGAGAUGAAGCUUAGCGGAGGGGACUUCCUCCCUCCCAGAUACCAGCACACCCUUUUUAUUCCUUUGUUCUCAGGUCUGAAACAUCUUUCUCAAGAGGAAGAGUGGGUAGUAUACUAGAAAGAGCCCUAUACAUGACAGGUCAUCAUGUACGGAGUGAUUCAGAAAUAUUAGAAACAAUAGAAAUUCUCAUUCUGAUGCCCAAGGGAUGAGGGUGCAAGUGAGGAGCUGAGAUUCAUUCCCUCAAAGUUAAGACUGAUAGGUAGAUAAGACAGCUACCCACGUGAGAAUUAGCUAAGAGCACCAGCAAACUCAUGU